AUGGAUAUUUCAGGGGAUAGACAUCUGAUGGAUAUUUCUGGGGAUGGGCAUGUGAUUGAUAUUUCAGGGGAUAGACGUCUGGUGGAUAUUUCAGGGGAUGGACGUCUGAUGGAUAUUUCAGGGGAUGGACGUCUGAUGGACAUUUCAGGGGCUGGACGUCUGAUGGAUAUUUCAGGGGCUGGACGUCUGAUGUAUAUUUCAGGGGAUGGACGUCUGGUGGAUAUUUCAGGGGAUAGACAUCUGAUGGACAUUUCAGGGGCUGGACGUCUGAUGGAUAUUUCAGGGGAUGGACGACUGAUGGAUAUUUCAGGGGAUGGGCAUCUGAUGGAUAUUUCAGGGGAUAGACAUCUGAUGGAUAUUUCAGGGGAUAGACAUCUGAUGGAUAUUUCAGGGGAUAGACAUCUGAUGGAUAUUUCAGGGGAUAGACAUCUGAUGGACAUUUCAGGGGAUGGACGUCUGAUGGAUAUCUCAGGGGAUGGACGUCUGGUGGAUAUUUCAGGGGAUGGACGUCUGAUGGAUAUUUCAGGGGAUAGACAUCUGGUGGACAUUUCAGGGGAUGGACGUCUGAUGGAUAUUUCAGGGGAUGGACGUCUGAUGGAUAUUUCAGGGGAUGGACAACUGAUGGAUAUUUCAGGGGAUGGGCAUCUGAUUGAUAUUUCAGGGGAUGGACGUCUGAUGGAUAUUUCAGGGGAUGGACGUCUCGUGGAUAUUUCAGGGGCUGGACGUCUGACGGAUAUUUCAGGGGAUGGGCAUCUGACGGAUAUUUCAGGGGCUGGACGUCUGAUGGAUAUUUCAGGGGAUGGACUUCUGAUGGAUAUUUCAGGGGCUGGGCGUCUGACGGAUAUUUCAGGGGAUGGGCAUCUGACGGAUAUUUCAGGGGCUGGACGUCUGAUGGAUAUUUCAGGGGAUGGACGUUUGAUGGAUAUUUCUGGGGAUGGGCAUCUGGUGGAUAUUUCAGGGGAAGGACAUCUGAUGAAUAUUUCAGGGGAUGGGUAUCUGAUGGGUAUUUCAGGGGCUGGACGACUGAUGGAUAUUUCAGGGGAUGGACGUCUGAUGGAUAUUUCAGGGGAAGGACGUUUGAUGUAUAUUUCUGGCGAUGGACGUCUGAUGGAUAUUUCAGGGGCUGGACGUCUCGUGGAUAUUUAA